AUGGCUGGAGAAGUCACUGUACCAAUGACGAAGAUUACUUACCAGACUCACCAAAGAUCUAGCCUAGGGAUUGUCGGAACAGGCAACUAUGCCCUGGCACUAGGGAAACGCUUAAAUCUGUCCGGAUAUGAUGUCAUUAUGGGGAGCCGUUGUCCAGAAAAACGCAGAUUAAAACUCUCAGAAAAUCGCUUUUCUGCUGUCCAGGUAACCUCAAUAUCCGAGUGUCUGAAGAAAUGUCAGGUAAUUUUUGUGGCAAUUCACGUGAAUGAUUUCAAAACGACAUUGAGACAGUUCGUCAGAGAAAGUAAAGGAAAGAUUUUGAUAGAUGUAUCGAACAGAGAGCAUCGAUAUUCUGUACAAUCUAACGCUGACCUGUUGACCUCCAUCCUUCCGAAUGCAACGGUUGUAAAAGCAUUCAACUCCAUUUCGUCCUUUUCUAUGGAAGAUAUGUCCUCAGCGGGCGGAAGCCACAAAGUCUUUGUUGCCAGCAACGACCCUGCGGCUCGUAGCACUGUUGCUGAUAUCGCUAAAACUAUGGGAUUCAGCGUUGUUGAUUUAGGCGGGCUGAAGUCUGCACUCUACAUGGAAGACUUUGUUUUGAAAGUGUUCUCUCGCUGGAAGAUGCCACUGGUUCUCACGUUUGCUAUCUUUAACGUGUGGAUGUUCUACGUUGUCUACAUUUACUACAUUGAAGCAGCAGAAUUUGAAUGGGAGCAGAUCUUUUUAAAAGUUCUCAACAAACCUUUGUGUAUGACCGCCAUUACAACACUGGCCUUGACGUAUCUAGCAGGUCACGUAGCGGCGAUGGUACAAAUCUACAACGGAACAAAACACAAGCCAUUUCCUGAAGUCCUAGAUUCUUGGCUAAGGAGCAGAAAACAACUAGGACUGAUCAGCAUGUUUUUGGUGUCCGGGCACGUGGUGGCGUCGGUGCUGAUGUUGUCUCCAACUUACUACAGCUCCUGGUUCCACUCGGCUACCGUGACAUUACCAGCGAAUACAACCUUGAGCUCUGAUACUGUCCUUCCAAUCAGCUCGUCUUGGAUGGAGUGGAAAGGAGAAGGGGCUUGUCUCGCCGGGAUAUGUGCUUUCCUCCUAAUGGGAAUCAUUGGACUGACGUCUAUACCUUCUGUUGGGGAGGCCUUAAACUGGUCGGAGUGGCGAUGCGUCCACUCCAGAAUAGGUUACAUAGUUGUUAUUCUUGCAGUAGCACAUGUGCUGAUAAUGGCUGUCCCUAACUGGGUCAAGGACGGGCCUGUAAAAACUAUGAAAUCUAUUACAUUUUUAAGUGUGUUGCUUCCCCUCAUUGUUUUGUUACUGAAAUUGAUAUUUUGUUGUCCCCCUUUAAAAGGUUAUGUUUGGAAAAUACGAAGAGGAUGGGAGAGAAGCAGCGACUCCUUGCCUGUGACUAUAGAAGCACUUGAAAAGCAGACCUAG